AUGCGCGCAUCUGCUGCGUUGAACGCUUCUCUGGACACUGGAUUGCCUGUGGUCCAGCAGACGCCAGUCAAGCCGACUCCUCCGGCCCCAGCUCCUGCCCCUAUCCAAGGCUUUACUCCUGUGAAUGGAGGCUUUACAUCAGUCAACCGUCCCUCAGGCUUUACUCCUGUAAACGUACCUAAUGGAGUUCACGCGACUCCAGAAAACCCGCGCUCAAUACCAAGGACGACCAUGGAUAGCCCACAGCUGCAAGAACACAACACACCAACCUUCGAACCCAGCAACUCUGCAAAACGGCCUUUGACUGAUAGCGCAGAGAAGGAUGUAAAUGGAGAUCUGGACGCGUCUGGACGACGCAGCAAGAGAUUGAAGAGAGAGCCAGCGCCGACGGUAGCAGGUUCGCAUAUGCACCAACCUAGGACGUCGACACCGAGAUUUGUUCCAGCACGAGAACGUAGCAAUUUCCCUCCUGGCGAAGCAUGCGAAACUUGCGCAAAGCCAGAGGACCCAGGAUUGCUUCUGAUAUGCGACAGCUGCGAUUGUGGUUAUCAUGGCGCAUGUCUUGAACCCCCUGUCAAGAUGCAGCAACCCGAACACGAUUGGCAUUGUCCCCGUUGUCUGGUGGGAACCGGAGAGUUUGGAUUUGAAGAAGGCGAGGUUUAUUCGCUUCGAGCGUUCCAGGAAAGAGCAAACAGAUUCAAGGAGAACCACUUCGCCGACAAAAUGCCCUUUGAUCCCAUCCUCAACAAAAGAAGACCUGUCAAUGAAGACGAUGUUGAGCGCGAGUUUUGGAGACUUGUCGAGAACAUCACUGAAACAGUCGAAGUUGAGUAUGGUGCUGAUAUCCAUUCGACGACCCACGGAAGUGGCUUCCCCACGAUCGAGAAGCAGCCUCGCGACCCUUACUCGACAGAUCCCUGGAACUUGAACGUCCUCCCACUCUAUGGUGAAUCUUUGUUUAAGCACAUCAAGACGGAUAUUUCUGGAAUGACAGUGCCAUGGCUCUAUGUCGGUAUGGUGUUCUCCACUUUCUGCUGGCACAACGAGGAUCAUUAUGCUUACUCCGCCAAUUACCAACAUUUCGGAGCGACCAAAACAUGGUAUGGUGUUCCUGGAGAAGAUGCAGAGAAGUUCGAAAACGCAAUGCGCGAAGCUGUGCCAGAACUCUUCGAGACGCAACCAGAUCUUCUAUUCCAGUUGGUGACCCUGAUGCCGCCAGAGAAGCUGAAGAAAGCUGGAGUACGUGUCUAUGCUAUCGAUCAACGUGCAGGUCAGAUGGUCGUGACUUUCCCUCAAGCGUAUCACGCUGGUUUCAACCACGGUUUCAAUCUCAACGAAGCUGUCAACUUUGCACCUGUUGACUGGGAACCUUUUGGUGAAAGUGGUCUCCUGCUGACAGCUGCUGCUCGCGAUCAAUCUAUCAACACUGCAAAGUGGCUUGCCCCGGCCUUGGAGAGGUUGCUCGAGAAGGAGCUGAAUGCUCGCAAACACUUCCUUGAGCAGCCUGAUAAUACCGAGCCAACAGACGACACUUACCAAGGUGACAGAUACAGCGACAAACCCGAAGUCUUCACGGAGGAUAUGGACGAAGAGGAAUAUGUCUGUAGCUUCUGCAAGUGUUACAGCUUCCUCUCACGAUACGUUUGCAAGAAGUCGGGUAAAGUCAUGUGCUUGCUACAUGCUGGGGCAUACGAAUGCUGCGACUCGAAAGAAUCGGAUCGUUACGCCAGCCCAGCUCAUGACCAUGUCCUCUCUCUUCGCAUGACAGACAAGGAGUUGAAGUCAAUGGUGCAGAAAGUGGUUGACCGAGCUAAGCUCCCUGAAGCUUGGGCACAGAAGGUCGAUGAUUAUCUUAGCCAGGAACCUCGUCCGUCGCUGAAAAUCUUGCGCUCACUGCUCAACGAAGACUUGAAACGCUACGUUGAGCGUUGCAAUGAUUGGGUGGAAGAGGCCACCGUUUACAUCACUCGUAAGCAGCAGAACAGAGCUAAGGGAAAGUCUUCCCGCAAGAAGUCGAUGGUUGCUGAAUCGGACGAGCGCGACAAGGAGCUUCGUAACUUCGAGAACAUGCAAAAGCUUCUCGCCACCGCUGACGAAAUUCAUUUCGAUUGUCCCGAGUACAAGACCUUGCGUGAAAGAGAAGCCGACAUCAACGACUUUAAAGCAAAGGCGGUCGCUAUCUGCAUGGGUCAACAACACCACCCACGCUCCACCCAAGAAAUCGAGGAAGUGUUUGAAGUUGGCAAAGGUCUCAAUAUUGAUCUACCUGAGCUCGACAACCUUGAGAAGCUGCUGAAUCACGUCAAAUGGCUUGACGAGGCUCAUACUCGUCCGGUCCAUCUCCUGACUCUUCAGGAUGUUGACGCUUUCAUCAACCGUGGUCUGGAGAUUGGUAUUCCCGAGACAAAUCCGCAUAUACUUCGCCUGCGAGACGCAAAAACACAAGGCGAGUAUUGGGAAUCCAAGGCCAAGGAGAUCAUGGGCGUCGAAAAUGUUCAUUAUCAGCAACUGGACGCUCUUUCGAAGCAAGCAGCUGGUCUGCCUGUCACUCCAGAAACACUUGCAAGAGUCGACGCUAUACUCAAGAAGCAGCGCGAAGCUCAAGAAAAGAUUCUUGCCCUCUACCAACAGAGCAAGAAUCCUGAUUUCAGAUCACGGCCGAUGUACAAGGACGUCAGAGAUGUGAUGGCAUCUCUCGAAGAGUUGAACAACAAGCCUGCUGGUACUGUUGACCUCGAGAAAGAGCAACGUCGCCAUGAAGACUGGAUGCGCCGCGGCAAGAAGUUGUUCGGCAAAGCCAAUGCGCCGCUGCACAUCUUGCACCAGCACAUGAAUUUGGUCAAAGAGAGAAACGAUGCAUGUUUCGAGCUUCGUGAUAAGCCAAGGAUGCCGGUCGAACCUUCUUCGAGGGAACACACUCCGGAGCUCGACACCAAGAACAAUUUCCCGGAUGUCUUCUGUCUCUGCCGCAGACCUGAAGCUGGUAUGAUGAUCGAGUGCGAAUUGUGUCACGAAUGGUACCACGGAAAGUGUCUCAAGAUCGCACGCGGCAAGGUCAAGGAAGACGACAAGUACACUUGCCCAAUCUGUGACUGGCGUCUGAAGAUCCCUCGUGAUGCUGCUCGCCCCAAGCUCGAAGAGCUUAUUGCCUGGCAAGACGAGCUAGAAACUCUGCCAUUCCAGCCCGAGGAAGAGGAAACCCUUACAAGCAUUAUCGAGACAGCUCAAGCCUUCAGAGAUUACAUUCGCCCAUAUGUCAACCCCUUGACAGUCUCUCCAGACGAGGUCACUACACUUCGCUUCUACCUGCGAAAGGUCGAAGGUGCCGAUAUUCUUCUUGCCUACGAGACCAAUUUCCUACGUCAAGAACUGCACAAAUCAGCGCCUGUAGCUCCAGAAGCUCCGCCAGUCAUUGACUCCUCUGCUUCCACCCGCAAGCCUCGUCCUACAAAGCAACAAAAGCUCAUGGCAUCGUUGGGUAUCACUAAUCCUGAUGAUCUUCCUCCUCAGUACAAAAUCAAGCCUCACAAGCGCAAAGGAAGCGAAGCACAACACAAACCACCUCAACCACUCCAACCUGCCGGUUCUCCUGCUGCUCAUACGCCGUCUAGCAUGUCGACCGCGACACCCGGGCCUCCUAGCAGUAGGCCAGGCUACCCUCAACAGACUCCAUCUUUCAGCUAUCCUUCAUCUCAACCUCAGUCUAUGGUCAAUUCAGGUUAUCGCGAUUCGCCGCUGUUCGCACCGCCCUCUUUCGGCCUGCCACCACUUCGUACUCCAGACGAGCCCUCGAACACUGUCAAUCCUGCACAAUUCGCUUCGAACAACUACGCAUCUCACACGUCUCCACCACCGCCACCAAACUUUGCGGUACCACGGUCACCGCCCCAGCACCCUCCAAUGUUUAGCACAGGAAUGAAUCUGGACCCUGCUCUCUUUACUGCUGGUGGAGCCAUGUUUGACAAGCGGCCUAGCUCGUCUGGUAGCCCCAGGUUGGUUCACACUGAAGCAAGUCCAUCUUUCAGCAGUCCCCAGACUAGCAACACGAACGCCAAUCUUGACUCUAUUUUUGCGGACAUGGUACACAACGACGAAGACCAUGCCACUUUGGGCCAUGAAGGAGAGAACCAGCUUGCUGGUGAAGCUUUCGCUGCUGGUGGACACGGUCAAGACCAUGCAGACGACACGCACAUGGAUGACUUUGUGAACAACGAGUAG